UUUGAAACAUCAUGGGGAAUGAUGGCCCAGACGACUUCAUUGACACCGGGCGGAGUUCAUAUCUUUCUGAAACGGGAGCCCUCCUCAAUAUUUCUUGGAACGACACCUCAUCGAGGAUCAAACCCAUCCCUUCCACUCCUUGGGAAUGGGACGAUGCCACGUGGAUCUUGGCGGCUAGUUUCAUUAUCUUCACCAUGCAAACGGGUUUUGGUAUGCUCGAGUCCGGGAUUGUGUCCUUGAAGAACCAGGUGAAUAUCAUGAUGAAGAACGUUGUGGAUGUGGUCUUGGGAGGCUUCACCUAUUGGGCCUUUGGAUAUGGAUUGAGUUAUGGGGAGUCCGAGUACUCGAACUCGGUGAUUGCUUUUGGUUCCUGGUUCGUUGACGCAGAGGCUGAUGACAUGGGACCUGUCUUCACCACGUUCUUGUUCCAACUCUCAUUUGCCACCACUGCCACGACCAUCGUGUCAGGUGCCAUGGCUGAACGUUGCAAUUUCAACGCCUAUUGUCUUUUCUCGUUGGUGAACACAGUGGUCUAUUGCAUCCCAGCCCAUUGGUUGUGGUCGCCCAAAGGAUUUUUGUACCAAUUGGGCGUUGUGGACAUCGCCGGAAGUGGCGGAGUACAUUUAGUGGGAGGCUGUUCGGCAUUUGUGGCGGCCAUUAUGUUGGGUCCCCGAUUGGGCCGUUGGGAUUCUAAUACCCCGCCUCCCAUGGGUAGCCCCACCAAUGCACUCAUCGGUCUUUUCAUGUUAUGGUGGGGUUGGUUGGCUUUUAAUUCCGGAAGUACCUUCGGUGUGACGGGGAAUCGAUGGCGUUUGGCCGCUAAAGCCACUUGCACAACCAUGUUGUCGUCGUUAGGCGGCGGCUUAACAGCUUUAAUCAUGUCCUACAUUCAAUUUGAUGGGAAAAUUGAAGUUUUAGCCACCAUCAAUGGAGUCUUGGGAGCACUCGUGGGAGUCACCGCUUCUUGCGCAGUGGUCACCAUUUGGGAGGCCCUACUCAUUGGAGCAAUUGGAGCCUUUUUGGCCAAUAUCACGGACCCUUUACUGGUGUGGUUGAGAGUGGAUGACGCCGUGGGCGCCACGUGCGUUCAUGGCUUUGGAGGUGCUUGGGGCAUGAUUGCCGUCGGGAUAUUUGCGGCCAAGGAUGAGCUAGCGGGCUAUACGCAAUUGGACGGUCUACUUCACGGCGGUGGAGGCUACCUACUUGGAGUACAACUUCUCGCUGUGGUGCUCCUCAGCGCCUGGGCAGCAACAAGUACAUUUGUCCUACUCUAUUUCAUCAAUAAGGUCAUUCCAAUUCGAAUGCAUCCGCACGAGGAGUUGCUUGGGGCAGAUUUCUUUGAGCAUGAUAUUCGCCAUGCAGGGGUGGGCGUAUCUCGAGCCGUGUCCGUCCUUCAGUUUUAUCACGAUGACGUGGAUCCCACGAUUGAAAGCAAAGGCGCCAAUGUCGGUCAUGACCAUUUCCUGGCGGACAACUAUGUCGAUAAUAUCUUUUCUAUUGGGAUGACAAAAACGCAUACCAAAAUCGAACAACAGUCCAUCAAGGACUCGAAUGUCUCCAAUGGGGACCAAGCAGAAAAAAGAACACAACAGCAGCAGCAACAACAACAACAACAACAAUCACUUCCACCACCAAAACUAGAAGAACAGCCCUUGGCUACUUCAGUCGACAUUGGAUACGAGUAUUUAGCAAGCAUUGUGACAAAGAUAGAUGAUUGAUGGCAAACAUUUGCAAAUAAAGGAUUGAGAAUAAAUGUCACGCUUCUAAGACAGGAUACUACUAUCUCACGUUUUAGAAAGAUCACAUUUCGAAGUGCAAAACAAGAUUUCUUCUUUCCAUCAAUCAAGUUCACUUCUUCCAGAAUAC